AAUCGCUGCUGCCCAUCAGAACGUCAGGCUUUUGCUUACCCGUUACAUGAAAUUGUUCGAAAAGGGAGAGAAAAAAAGGUCAAAUAAUUUGUUGCUGGCUCCAAUAAAGUGUGUGAUUUUUAAAGCAGCAACCUUCUCCGGUCAGAAUACGAAGAAGAUUUCUCCAAGCGUGGUGUUGUUUACUCGACGUGGUGGUGCGUUUCCAAAUUGCGACACCGUCAGCUGUUUGCGGUUUUGGUUCGUUGAUGCGUUUGCUGGUGCGUGUUUGAGGCGUCGAAUCGCGUCGGGCGUUUAGAUAGUUAAAUUGUGUGCGGUUUUGUGCGAAAGAAGAAAAAUUGUCGGUGCCGGCGCCUGGCAAUGAAAACCGGUCACCGGUCACCUGCCAAUGCCACCACGGAUCUCUCGGGUCUGCCGUAGUCGUCAAUGGUGCUCUGAGUGAGUUCCUCCUCGGUGCUCGAAAGCUGUUUUGAUGCGGGUCAUUCAUUGGAAGGAAGAGAUCGAGUGAGAGCUAGUUGGUUGGUCGAUCGACCACGAAACAAGUUUCGGUUUCGGUUUUUUUGUGCUUCUAAGAAAGCCUGCUUUUGAUGUGAGUGUUUAAUUAUUAUCGGCGCACGCACCCUUAGUACCGAUCCAUUCAAGAAUAAAGGUGGCGCUCGAGUGAAAAAGGAAAAAAAGAAAUUCCCAGGUAUCAUCUGAUAAAGCUACAACUCAGCUAGGCGAUUAGCUUCCAUUGUAAGGUAGCCACCAAGAGUUCGUUGAGUUGAUGAAGAGACUCCAUCGAAGGUGGACGACUGAGGCGCCCAAAACCUCAGUAACAGGAGCAGUAGCAGACAAGAAGAAGAAGACGACGUCGACACGGGCCGAGGCAAACGACGACAAAUGUUUAUCCAUUCCAUCAACAAGUGGAGGAGAUAAUCGGUGUGAAGAUUCGAGUGCAAAUUGAACGACGACUCUCGGGGCGAGCGUAUACAUUUCUCAAGUGUUUGUGUCCAUCCAUUCGGGGUACGACGGAUUUGGUGCGGUACUCCAGUGUGUAAUAUUUGUUAGAAAACGGCCUCGGUGCCCCGCGGAAUCUCAGUCCUCGGUCCAAGUGUGCGCGAUUUCCGAAGCCAGCUGAUUGUGCCAAAAUCCAAAUUAUUAUGUAUCAAGAAGAUUCGCCAUCACCACCCACAACAUCAUCGCAACCAGCCCUGUCGACCACUUAAGAGUGAGCGAGCUAACGAACGCGCUUAGAUAAGAUAAACCGCGGCAGAGCGAUCCAAAUCGGUUACGUUAAAAAAAACUUACACAAAUUGUCAGGAGCUCAACUUAAAGAACGGAAAAAAACGCACAAGCUCCACGCGCGCGUGCUUAGGGAUACCGUUUAUCCCCAAACAACUUCGUCAAGGAUCGUUCCCCUCCUUGCUACCGGAAAAAGGUAGCCCUUGAAAAUAUUUCUUUCUCUCGGCGCCGUUCGGUUCACAAAAAGCCGCCACCCUGGAACUAAUGGAAUUAGAGAACAUCGUGGCCAACACGGUCUACCUGAAGGCGCGAGAAGGAGGCUCCGACAGCAACAAGGGCAAAAGUAAAAAAUGGCGCAAAAUUCUCCAGUUCCCACACAUAUCGCAAUGUAUAGAUCUCAAGAACAAAAUAGGUAAGUGUACUGUAGUUUUUGUCUUAGAUGGAUACCCGAAAAUGCUGGAGUUGUCGGCUAUGACCUUCAGCACAUUUGUUGUUGACCGUUCACUGCUCUUCGCUGCUUUCCGACUUCGCGACUUCCUGUUGGAUUCCACCGCUGUGAAACCGUUAAAAGUCUCCUCAUCGCUGUCAGUCGUCGAUUUACCAUCAGAGGUGUGCUUCCUCUUCGUAACCUUAUCCGCAUCGUUCACCUCUUCGACCAGGGGCGAUUUCUGCUUCUCAGCUACUUCCAUUCUCUCUGCAUUUUCCUCCUCUUUCUCCGAGGCACUCGCACUCGCAGCUCAACCCACCGGCAAGGUUACAGGACGUCACACCGGGAUCUGCUAUAUUUUGUCCGAGAAUAAACUGCGAUCAAGCCAGUUUUCUUACUACCAAGUCAUCGUAGAAUCAGCUACAAGGCAAAUUAAGCCUUACUCCAGAUCAGUUGUCUACUCGACGGACAACCCUACUGGCCUCUCUCACCCGUGCUGGAAACUUUGUCGACAACUUCGAGGAGGAACGGGACGGGCUCGAGGUGCCUCUUCGAUUGGAAGACUUGGACCGUCUGUGGACAUCUUUGGAGGAAGUGCAAACACAACUAGAGGAUCUGGAAACCAGCAAAGAAGAUACCUCCAGUGGAAAUGGCUGGAAGCCCAGACGAUAACCUACAAAACGUUUCGCAUGUACCGGGUCCUCGGAAAGGGGGGAUUCGGCGAGGUGUGCGCAUGUCAGGUUCGAGCAACCGGCAAGAUGUACGCCUGUAAAAAGCUGGAAAAGAAGCGCAUCAAGAAGCGGAAAGGCGAAUCGAUGGUGCUGAUCGAGAAGCAGAUCCUGCAGAAGAUCAACUCCCGGUUCGUAGUUAAUCUGGCGUACGCGUACGAAACCAAGGACGCCCUCUGCCUGGUGCUGACAAUCAUGAACGGAGGUGACCUGAAGUUCCACAUCUACAAUAUGGGCGGGGAGCCAGGGUUCGAGAUGAACCGGGCCCGGUUUUAUGCGGCCGAGGUGGUCUGCGGGCUGGAACACCUCCACCAGAUGGGCAUCGUCUAUCGGGAUUGCAAACCGGAAAACAUCCUUCUGGACGAUCACGGUCACGUGCGAAUAUCGGACCUGGGACUGGCCGUGGAAAUUCCCGAGGGCGAAAUGGUCAGGGGGAGAGUUGGCACCGUUGGUUACAUGGCCCCGGAAGUAAUCGACAACGAGAAGUAUGCCUUCUCGCCGGAUUGGUUCAGCUUCGGCUGUCUGCUGUACGAGAUGAUCGAGGGCCAGGCCCCGUUCCGGGCUCGCAAGGAGAAGGUCAAACGGGAAGAGGUGGACCGGCGGGUCAAGGAGGAUGCCGAAAAGUACUCCCUCAAGUUCACCGACGAUGCCAAAUCGCUGUGUCAACAGUUGCUCAUGAAGGCAGUCAAAAAUCGGCUCGGCUGCCGGAAUGGACGCUACGGAGCCCGGGAAGGAAAACUGCACGUAUUCUUCAACAGUAUUAACUGGAAACGGCUAGAGGCUGGCCUGGUGGAGCCACCCUUCGUGCCCGAUCCGCACGCCGUCUACGCCAAAGAUGUGCUCGACAUCGAGCAGUUUUCGACGGUCAAGGGAGUCAACCUGGACGCGACGGACGAAAACUUCUACUCGAAGUUCAACACCGGGUCGGUUUCGAUCCCGUGGCAGAACGAGAUGAUCGAAACCGAGUGCUUCCGGGAGCUGAACGUGUUCGGGGCCGACGAGUGUCCGACGCCCGAUUUGCUCAUCAAUGCUCCCCCGGUGGUGGAGAAGCCCGGCUGUUUCCCGUUCCGGAGGAAGAAAAAGCAGUCCGCCCGAGAAAAGCCGGUUCCAUUCAACGAGAAACUCCUGGUCGCCUCUAGUCAAUCGCAGACUCAUCAACAACAGCAUCAGCAAGAUCAACAGCAGUCCCAGCAGCAAACGGCAAGCUCAAACCAAGCCCAGGAAAGCUGAUAGUGUAAUGCGUCCAACCACCAUCAGCAAAACCCUUCAACAACCACCAAGAACCAGCAGAGUGUCGACACAACAUGCACGAACACAACACGACGAAAGUAGCACAGAGUAAAUAGCAUCGCCCAAAAGGUGACGACGGAAGGAGAGAUUUUUUUUUUCAAACAACAAACGGCCAAAUUUUAAAGUUGGAACGACUUUUACAAUACUGAUAGAAGAGAUGGCGGCCAGAGCGCAAGCAGCAGAGGUGAAACAAUUGCAGAAAAAAGUACAGCUACAAAUGUGAAGGCACAAACAAUAAACGACACAAACAAAACCACAAACUGUCAGUGAUCCUGAAGAGCACAGUCAAACAAUAUCCGCAGAAAUCGUUAUGCACAACAGCAAAACAACAAUCGAAUACCGAAUGAUCUGGGUUCACGACACAUGUAAGAAGAUUGGAAACACCUGAAGCGGGAUGGAUGUGGUGGGUUUCUUUUUCGUCUUAGCCGGAGCUUAAACUACACUUCUGUAAAUGAAAAAAAAAGCUCAGAAUCGUGCGUGUAGAACCGUUGUAAAUUGUUAUUUAUUUUAGAGUUAAGAAAAAAAUAAGAAAAGAAAACAGAUUUGCUAUUAAGCACGUUCGAGGUUGUAACGGAUGGCCAGCCACCCCCGGAGAAGUAAGUUCCAUUGCAACAGCUCUUGUACAUAUUAUUUGUUUGUUUUUUUUUGUCCGCGAGCUUGUUUUCUCCGAUAGUUGAAUUUUAAUUUUAAAUUUUAAGGAAGGUCACCACCGCCAGGUGGCAAAUUUUUUCGUUUGACCUUCACCAUUGGGUCGGCAAAAAACCUAUGGGAAAAAGCACCGGGCAGCAGCUUCUGUGAGGCUUGUUCCGACUUUUGCGGAUUUUUCGCCCAGGUGGCAGGCAGCAAAUGAUCGAAUAAUUUGUGCUAAAUUCGGUUGGAAGCUUUUUCUAUUUGAAUAGAAACCGAACGUGAUUUAUUUUACUUUAAAUAAGGCGGAAAAAGAAGACGAAAGGAUGUUAAUUUUUAUUUGAUUUUAAGCUGUAGAAUAAAAAAAACAAUAGGAUGCAUCCAUUAGUACUAUCGGAAACGAAACUGAGCCAGAUAUAACGCAUAGAUUCAUUGCGUACUACAUUGGUACAAUGUAUUACAACACUAGAUGUUAGAUAUUUAACCUGGAUCAGCCAUUCAAGCAGCGUAGAAGCAACAGUUAGCAAACAAUCUACUCAUUAAUGUGUUUUUUAUAAAGAGAAAUGUGGGCAAACUCUUACCGGAAUCAAACUAGUAAUAAAUGUGUGGCGAUUGAUUGUCCUCCUUCCGGUGGGUGAAUCAUGUGACUAGUAAAUAAUUGCAACGCCUCACGACUUUCAACAGGGAGGGCGUGAUAAGGGCCAUCGCAAGAAAAAAAAUCCUUGUAUGUGUGGAAAAUUCCCCGGAAAACGCCAACUGUCGCAGCAUAGAAAAGUGAGUGUGUAUUUUUAGUAAAAACCGAAAAGCAAAAAGAACUAAAAAAUAGCAACCAUUCUAGUGACUCUCGUAAGUAAUAAAUUUAGAAAAGAAAAGUGUAAGCAUACUAUUUCACCAUAAAAAAAACGAAAACUCACAUACAAAAAACAUUUACAGCAUAAAUAAUUGAAAAAAAAAAUCAUCUGUAAAAAUCUUGCGACCUAGUAGAAUCUAGAACAUUUAAUGAACUCGUAACUCGACUCAAAAACAAAAUUAACAAAAUCAAACAGAAAAUAGCACAACACUAUUCGCCAUCGAUGUGGACAGGAUAAAUUAAACUAACACAAAGGAAAAAGAUAUUUCAUGAAAUCGUAUUGCACAAUUCUACUAUUAAUAUUAGCAAUCAAAAAAUUUAAGUGAAAAAACAACCAAACACACACAUACAUCUACUGGAUUCAAAGUCAGCACUCACAAAAAAUAAACUAACAAACAAACAACCGAAUCAACACACAAACACACCAACUACAAAUGCAAUUUUGUCAUAUACUCAGUCGGAGAGUUAGGAACGAUCCGCUCAUGCUCACAAAGACAACUCGAGUAAGAGAAGUUUUACAACAAAAAGAGAAACAAAAAAUUAACACAAAACUAGAACUUAAUAAAUAAAACAAAAAUCCUACACUUCAAUAAUCAAAUCACCCACUAGCAACAAUAAAAACCUACGAAAAAAAAUGGCUCCCCAUUUUUCACUAAUCAUUACCGCAUAAUCGUGAGUGUUUGUUUAGGAAGAAAGAAAGAGAGAGGGUAAAAAUUCAGCUGAACAAAAAUAUUAGAUAAAUCUUAAAACAAAUGAUGUUUAAAAUAAAAAAAGAAAUCAGCAACCAAUCAGGUUUGUACCUACAAAACUAACAACAAUCCUCAAUUCAACAACAACAACAACUAAAAGUGGUUCUCCGUAAUCGGUUGAGAAAACUUUUAAAACUGAAAAAAAAAGUUCACCAUAAUUCACUUCAUACAACACUAGAGGAAAAAAAAAUCAACACUACAAAACAACAAAUAUAGAGAGCAAAUUGUAAUGGAAAAAACAUCA